UCUCUCUCUCUCUCUAAUACUCUACUAACACCAGACUCAAAAAACCAAGUGGAAUCUCUAGACAAGGACAGCAGAGGAGACGAAAGAGCUCUCGAGUUAAGAAGACGAAGACGAGAGAGAGGUCACAGGUCGGACUCUGGGGAGAGAAAACUCGAAUCGAUACAACUACACCUUCCUCAGUGUUUGAAUCUCAAAUUUGAUCGUCGUGUGGUUGCUUUUCAUUGUUUGUUGCUUGUGUGAGGUGCUGCGUGAGAACCCCAGACAGAGUAGAGGCUGGGGAUAGCUAGAGUUGAUAUAGAGUGUCAUAUAUGGCGAAUCAGUUGGGGAACUUGGUAGAAUCCAUCAAGUCAAAGGUGAGAUCUCUGAAGAAAUCCAAGAAAAAACCUUACAUAAAGAUGGACAAGAGCUCCAGCGUUAAGGUUGAGAUCCGAAGCAAAAAGGCCAGAAAGCUCAUCGAAAAAAAUUUGAAAGUCGCCGAUCGUCCCGGAAAGAGAAGCAUCUCUUGAAUCUUUAACGCCUCCCCCUCCUCCUCUAAAAUGGUCGUCUUUUAUCGUUCCUCUUCUCUAUGCCCUCUUAAUUUUCUCUCUCUCUCUCUCUCUCUCUCUCUCUAUAUAUAUAUAUCUAUCUGUAUCUUUCUUAAUUCUCUCAAUGUUUCUUCUUCGCAACUUCUUCCCCGCUGUAUGUCGGAUCUCUGCCGGAGUCAGUUUUUUACUUAUUUACCGAUGGAAGGAAGGUUUUAUUUCGCUAGGGUUAA